AUCAAGUAGAAGAGAGAAAAAAACAUAAUCUCAUAGCACCCAAAAGCAUCGAUGUCGUCGGAUGUGAUGGGGGAGAGUUCUCCCGUUUCAGCCAAGCGGCAAUACACCAGGCGCACUCCGUUAUGCAGACUGUGUCUGCAGGAAUAUCCGAGAGACCAGCUUGAGGAAAUAUUCCGCCGAGGAGCUGAAUGGAAGAACAAAAUUUAUGCGGCAGUGUCUAUUAAGACUACCAGAAAUGACCGCUCAAUCUGGCUGUGUCGCAGUUGCCGGACAAUGAUCGACAUGGUAAAUGACUUCCAGCAGAUGUGCCAACAAGCGAACAUUCUGCUUAAUGACGGUCACACGAUGAGCACGAGCUGUUGGAAGGAGGCUUCGGAUUUGAUUGUACCUGUUUGCGAACUUUUGGGCCAACAUCGAGAGCUGGUCUCUCAUCUCACUUCUGAAAGUGCCAAAGAAGUGGAUAAGCAAAUUCUGGAAAUCAGUGUCUGGCAAGAGAGCUGUGAAUAUCUGGAUGAGAUAAAGGAUGAAAUCGAAGAGCCACGUAUAGGAAAUAGCGACGAUAAAAAGCAACAAUUGCAAGAACUUAUCGAAGUUGAAAUCAAAGAGGAAGAGGAGUUGCUGGAAGAUAACUAUGUUGAUUCAGUAGAAUAUGAAAGGCUUUCUGAGGAUCCAGAGCCAGAAUUAGAGCAGGAAUCUAUGGAAGAAGGGAAAGUAAAAGAAAAGAAACGACCCAACCGAAGGAAGCUGCAAGGCACAAAGAGGAUAAUGAAGAGCGAAAAGGUGAUAUGUGAUACAUGUGGCGAGCUGGUUUCGCAGAUUUCACUCGAGGGACAUUUGAACCGUCAUUUGGGGGUAAAACCGUUUGUCUGUGAGAUUGAGGGUUGCGGGAGGCAACUUUACUCCAAAUACAGCUUGCAACAGCACCGACACUUGCACAAGUCUAUCAACAGGUACUACGACUGUCCCGACUGUGGUAAGAGGAUCAAGGGAACAAACUGCUGGUUGCGACACAAGAAGCUGCAUACCGAGGAACCGAAAUUUUCCUGUGAUGUUUGUGGGAAAAAGUUCAGAAGAAGGUUCGGCCUAAAAAUACAUUCGGUGGUACACACAGGAGUGGCUCUAUAUCCGUGUGAAAUUUGUGGUAAGCACUUCACCGUGAAGCACAAUCUUGGAGCCCAUUAUCGAACGCACAUGAAAAAUGGAACCUACCCAGGAGUGAAUAAAGAUGAUGAAUCGUGCGGAGACUCGAAUCAACACGUGCCACCGUUGGAGAUCGAACACGUUGCAGGUCGAGAAAUACCAAUGAAUCAUUUUGAAGAAACCUUACAGAUGGAGUAGCACAUCAAAACAAUAAUAUCGAAUAGAAAUUGUGAUUUAAAUAAAAUUCAUAGAUGAAA